CCACCAUUCCACGCCAUUGGAAAGCAUCACGUAAAUCCGUGACUUGCCCCGUCUUCAAUAUGAUCGAAAUAAUCUGCCAGUGGCAGAUUUUCUGCUUCUCCCGCAGUCCUCCUUGAUAUUUCAAGCGCGUCACCAUGGCUGAAUUCGAGACCACCUGCCCCUAUGCAGAGAGCAAGCGCAAGAGCCAAGCUCCAGAUGUGCUGCAAAAUGGAUCUGUUGUCAGUGUCGAGACAGAUCUAUUGAUCAUCGGAGCAGGACCUGCAGGUGCUGCCCUGGCAUGUUUCCUGGCGCAGAAUGGCUUGAAGGGAAUAAUGGUUGCGUCGACUCCGAGUACUGCAGACACGCCAAGAGCACACAUAACCAACAUGGCAGCUCUCGAGUGUUUGCGAGACAUUGGCCUGGAAGAAGCAUGCUUGAAAGUCGCUGUGCCUGGCGAAAGCAUGCAACAUACAAGGUGGUGUCGCAGCAUGGCUGGCGAGGAGUUUGCAAGGAUCUAUUCGUGGGGAAAUGAUCCGCACAGGGCUGGCGACUAUGAUGCUGCAUCACCUUGUGAUCAUUGCGAUAUCCCUCAGACCGUGUUGGAGCCUAUCCUUGUCCAGCAUGCAACCCACAGCGCCUUCUCGUGUCGAUUUGAAACGACAUUCCUUGCGUUUGAGCGCGAGCCUAGUGGAACAAUCAUCAGCAAAGUCCAGGACAACCUCACAAAACAAGUAUAUCAGAUACGGUCGAAAUACUUGUUUGGGUGUGAUGGCGCUCGAAGUCAGGUGCUUCGGCAAUUGCAGAUUCCUUUGAUCCGGAAGCCUGGGCAGGGUCUUGCUAUCAAUCUUUUGGUCAAAGUGGAUCUUAAGCAUGUUGUUGAGAAUCGACGCGGCAAUCUUCACUGGGUAAUGCGCCCCGAUGAGGAGUCGCCUGUCUUUGGCUGGAGCUGUAUUGUCCGAAUGGUGAAACCUUGGAACGAGUGGAUGUUCAUUCUUUUCCCUGCACCAGGUGCUGGCACCGAAUUCAACCCUACGGCUGAAGAAUAUCUAUCAUGUGCCAAGACUAUUGUUGGCGAUGAUACUCUUCCUCUGGAAAUUCUUGGUGUCUCGAAGUGGCUUAUCAACGAGAUUGUUGCCGAGUACUACUCGGAUGGCAACAUAUUCUGCCUUGGUGACGCGGUUCAUCGACACCCUCCACUGAAUGGCCUUGGAUCAAACACGUGUAUCCAAGACGCAUACAACUUGGCCUGGAAAAUUGCAUAUGUCAUGAAAGGCAAAGCCGGUCCAAGCCUCCUGGACUCUUACAGUCUAGAAAGACAACCUGUCGGAGCAUCGAUUAUCACUCGAGCGAAUCAAGGUCUUCGUGAUCAUGUGCCAGUCUGGGAGGCCCUCGGUAUGAUGGAUCCAUCGUUAGAAGUUCGCAAGAAGGAUUUCGGACAACUGUCUGAGGCAACACCUGAAGGUGUUGCUAGAAGGGCAAAGCUCCAGGCUGCUAUCAAAGGCACGGCUCAUGAGUUCCAUGGUGUUGGAGUCGAGAUGAAUCAACGUUACAUCUCUGAGGCUGUCUAUCUUAUUGAUGAACAAGCUCGACCACCUUUGCCGGUGGAUCCAGUCCUCGAGCACGAAAUCACCACAUUCCCUGGCAGUAGACUCCCACAUGCAUGGCUCAACACGAAGCUGCCAGGAAAACAGCUCUCGACAAUUGAUCUUGCCGGACAUGGCUCUUUCUGCGUUCUUACCGGCGUUGGCGGAGAGAAGUGGAAGGCCGCUGCUGGCAAAGCUGGUAGCUCGUUGGAUAUCGAGAUUAGAGUAUAUUCAAUUGGAUGGAGUCAGGACUACGAAGAUGUCUAUUUUGAUUGGGCUGAAAGGAGAGAGAUAGAGGAAGCUGGAUGAGUGCUUGUCAGACCUGAUAGAUUUGUUGCUUGGCGUUCCAAUACUAUGAUCUGCGAUCCGGAAGCGAAGUUGCUUCAUGUUCUCAGGACGAUAUUGGGCAGAUAGAUUUCCUUACCAGGAAAUAUUCUUUACCAAUGCAU